CUCUGGAUUUUAUUUCCUUUCUGUGUUUUUAAUUUUUUUUAUUUUUAUUUUUGUCUUUUUGAGACAGUUUCAUUACAGUUCAGGCUGGUCUUGAACUCACUUCAUAACCCAGACUGGCCUCAAACUGACAGCAAUACUCCUGCCUCAGCCUCCUGAGUGCUGGGAUUAUAGGCAUAUAUCACCACGCCUGGCCCUCUGCUGGUUUUUAUUUUUAAAUUUUACUUUUAAUUUUCUGUCUUCUUUACUUUAUUUUAUUGAUUUUCUACUUAUUCUACCAGAUUUUAAUUUUUUUCUUUGUCAUCUUUUAGACAAAUUCUAUUUAGGUUCACAGAUAUUUAAGUUCACUAAUCUUAUCUAUAACAGCCCACCCUUAAGCUUGUCCAGCUAUGUCCACUUGGGGCCUCAGGCCUUGUCUCCUGGGCUCCUGGGUGCCCCAGCGGGCACAGAGGGCUGCUGUGCCAUCCACCUCUGCCUUGGGUCAGCGAUGCUGGCUGCCCGGACACUGCCCCGCUGUGGGCCGUUUCUCUGUGUCCCUGCGUGUCCAGUAUUCUCUGAGUGGAUGCCAGGUACUGCAAAUUUCACCUUGUGGGCUGCUGGAUACAUCUGUAUUCUCACAAAUCUCCAGUUCAGCUGGAAAUGCAUUUUAGCUGCCUGAGUCUAGUUACUUCUGGGACUGGUGAGCAGGGUGGACAGUGCUGCCCUCUCCCUGUACGCCGUAUGUGCCCCUGCCAGGGACAGGGCCACCACGGACCCAUGGUGAGCGCACUGCUGUUUGGACUCCGUGGCCCUCCUGUGGCUGCCCCUCUUUCCUCUGGGCAUCUCUGGGCACUAUGCCUGGCACGGCUGCAUCCUGGGCACUGCAGGUGUCACCAGGCCACAGCCGCCUCCUCCCAACCGUUCACUCCUGAUGCCUGGGCUCUGCAAACCAGUGCCCUGUGUUUAUUCUUGUUUUACUUUUUAAUUAUUUCAGGUGGGAAACAAUCUAGCUUCCUCUUCAUACAUCUUGGAUUAUUUUUUAAAAUCAAAGUAACAACUAUUUCCUUUUUAAAAGCACACAGAGACAGCAGCACUGAGUCUGCCCCGGCCCUCUUCUCAGCACCUUCGCCUCUCGGCAGAGCAGUCUCUGGCCCUGAAUUCUAGUUUGCAGAUUCUCUCUUCAUCCGGGUCUAAACUGUGGUUAAAACCAUUCAGUGAGCUCUGAGUUUGGAAUUUUGUGUUUUUCAUUUCUAGAAGUUCCAUGAUGGCUCUUUGAAAAAUCUCUCCUGUCAAAUUUAUAGUUUCCAGUUGUUGCAAAGAAUUUACAAGCCUAGCUAGAUCCCCCUGAGCAUAAUAAGCACAUUCAUUUUAUGGUUUCUGGCUGAUAAUUUGCUCUCUGGAUUUCUUCACAUCUCUUUUUCCAUGGUAUAUCACUCAUGUUUCUGAUUUUUUUGCUUAUGUUCUAAAGAGGUAUUUGAUUUUAUUGAAAUCACUAUCUCAGGCUAAGGGUUAUGCUGUCAUUGUGCCCACAGGGCUCUGAUUUGUAAUUUUUGUUUGUUUUUUGAGUAUUGGGGAUUAAACUCAGACUCUCACGCAUGCCAGGCAGGCACUGGGCCACACAGCUAUGUCCCCAGCCUUCCAAUUUGCUUUGCCAGUGACUGGGGUACCUGAGCCGCUGGGGUCACACUGUGCAGACACUUGCAAGUGCCAGGUUGGAGCUGCCCAGUGACUCAAGGCCAGGCUGAGGUCCACCAAGGCUGCCCCACUUCUGACUCAGCCUCCCCCGUGCUUUCCUCUGUGUCCAGCCAAACGCAGGUGUGGCCGACUAUGGGUCACACCCUCGUGGGGCCUGGCUCCCUGCUUUGCUUCCCUGGUUCCAGAGGCCCAGUGCUCCCUUCCUGCAAGGCAGAACCGGCCCUCUCCGGCCACCUCACUCUGGGUUAUCACUGCCCCUGGGGGCCCUCCUCUGAGGGUGUUCCUGCCCACCAGAGUGUCCACCCCACAGGGCCACUGCACUUCAUGCCCCUGGAUCAUUUCCAUUUGUUUCUGUGGGCUCCCCCUCUGCUUCUGCAUGCAGAUCACCCACGGUGUCAGGGCCUCCUGUCCAUGUCUGCGGGGGACUGAGGCUCUGUGUACCACCUUCUCAUUCCAGAUUUUAUUCCUCAGUAGAGGCAGUGCUUGUUUCUCUGAAUCCACAGGUUGAAAUCCCAGCUGCCAGUGUCAGGGUGUCCAGGUGAGGCCCAGGGGUGAGGUCCAAGAGUUCUUGCACCCUCUUCCAGUUUUCACCCCAGGAGGGGCCUCUUGAGGAUCAGCCAUGCUGACCCUACCCCAGGCAUGAGCCUCCAGACCAGAAGAGCAAGACUGUGUUAUUUGGGAAUGGGGAACCACUCCAAUAAAUCUCCUAGGUUCUCCUUGGAAAGAAAGAAAAGCAACUCUCUCCACUUUGGAUAAAUCUGGCCCUAUCUCCAUGUACUGAUGAUAUGCACAGAGCUGGCCAGGCUGUUUCUUUGUCCCUUCAAUUGGCUUUAAGCAGUGUAAACUUGCCUGGGACCCAGCAUAGGAUUUUGCGUGGGAGCUGAAGCACCAGCCCCAGAUUAAUAGCUACUGCCUCAGCUGUGUUAUGCAGAUUGCUCUCCUGCAUUUCUUGCCCUCUGCAUAAUGCAGAGGUGACCUCAGACCUCCUACCUAGCCCAGCUCAUCAUGGUAGUCAUAGCUGUCACAUAUUUCCAGUCACUCAUCCCUGAGCCACUCCCCUCAUGGAGAAUUAAUAAAACCCAGGUUGGGCUCUGGGUUGAGGCCUUUAUUCUGGUGAACAUCAUCUUGGCUAGACUUAGGACCCCUGGAUCUCCACAACUGUACAUAUGUCUCAGUGUCUGAGGGUUGCACUGGAAGUGGUAGAUUGGAAUUCAUUCACUGGAAUUCCAGUAGCUUCUUCAUGGGAUUACAAAUAUCAACCUUUCCGGACCACCUCGAGCACAUGAAAAGGUUCUCUAUAUUCAGGUCCUCAGCCCAGGCUGUGACAAGGCUGUCCAGGACCUGUCAACUUUUUUGCAGACUGGGUCCCACUGCUGUGUAAACACUACAGCAUCAUCGGAAACCUCUUUCCAGGGAUACAUCUGCCUGACUCCUCCUGGGCCUGUACUUUUCCAUGUGAAUUACAAGCUUUAAGCAAGUUUUUUGGACAACAUUUCAGAUGUGUGUUAGGGCCGCGGUGGAGGAGCCAGGCUCUGCAGACUGGAGACCAUCGGUUCCACACCGUCUCCCCGUUCUCCUGACAUCGAUAUCCAGAUACAGGAGUAUCGCUACCUUCGACCUGUACGUGGGCCUCACCAACCUGCGGGCUGCCGGUGCGCACACACAGUGGUUCGCCGUGAGCCGCUUGAUCCUGCACCCCACCUACCAGAUGUGGCACCCCGUGGGCGGGGACGUGGCACUGGUGCAGCUGCAGUCGCGCAUCGAAUUCUCAGACGCAGUGGGGCCCGUGUGCCUGCCGCCACCCACCCUGCAGCUAGACAACAGCUCUGCCUGCUGGGUCACGGGAUGGGGGCUCGUGUCUCAGCAGGGCGACUUCUCGAGCCAGCUGCAGGAGGCCCAGCUGCCCCUGAUCCCGAUGACCCUGUGCAGGAUGCUCUAUUCACCUUCGGCCAUCCAGCCUGACAUGCUGUGCGCUGGGGACCUAAAGACGGCAUGUGAGGGUGACUCUGGGGGUCCACUGGUGUGUGAGCUCAACCACACGUGGGUGCAGGUUGGAAUUGUGAGCUGGGGUCAGGGGUGCACCCAGCAACUGUACCCUGCCGUGUUUGCCAGAGUCUCCUAUUUCUCCCAUUGGAUCCGCUAUCACAUGGAGAAAACACCCCUUCCUCCCCAGCCCACCCCUGCGCUGUCCCCUGCCCGAAGGGCCACCCUCAGUGUGCUCGUGACAGCGCUGGCCAGCCUGGCUGUGUCCUGAUGACCAGCCCCCACACUGUCCCAUCCAUGGCCAGGCUGGUCAAGGCUGGCCCAACUGUGGGCUGCAGGGGGCUGGGGGGGUGUGGAGGAGAGGUAAUUGGAAGGCCCCAGAGGAGAAGAUAGUAAACAUUUGUAAAGCAGCA